UAUAUAUAUAUAUAUCUCUUUAUGUACGUGUGUAAUCAAAGCCCCAUUAGCCAAAUUUUUCUCAGAAUUACAGAUCGCCGAUAAUGAAGCAAACACCACCCCACAUAGCAAUUCUUCCAGGCCCGGGCAUUAGCCAUCUAAUCCCGUUCGUAGAGUUAGCCAGACGUCUCGUCGUUCAUCACGAACUCCAUGUCACCUGCAUCAUUCCCUGUACACCAGAUGAUCAUCCUCCAUCAGACGCCACAAAAGCCGUCCUUGAAUCCCUUCCCAAACGCAACGCCCACACCAUAUUUCUCCCUCCGGUCAACUUCGACGACCUUCCGAAUGACACCAACCCAUCACGUAAGAACACCCUCACCAUGACUCGCUCUCUGCCCUCUAUUCACCACGUGCUGAAAUCGCUGGCUUCGAGUGCGAGUACUACUGCUCUCUUUGUGGAUCCAUUUGGUUUAGACGCUUUGGAUAUUGCCAAGGAACUUGAUAUUUCCUUUUAUCUUUUCUUUCCUACAAAUGCUAUGUCUUUGUCUUUGGUCCUUCACUUGCCGAAGCUGGACGAGAUAGCGGCUUCAUAUGAUUUCAUGAGAGACUUACCCGAGCCGGUGAAAUUACCAGGGUGCCCUCCUUUACGUGGUGGAGAUCUCUUCGCCUCGAUUCAAGACCGGAGAACCGACACGUACAAAGAGAGGGUGCAGUUCGCAAAACGGAUUGUUUCGGCUGGGGGUAUUGAUGGGAUUAUCUUUAAUAGCUUCAUGGAUAUUGAACCCGACGCCAUAAGAGCCUUACAAGAGCGAAGGAUCGGUGGAUCUGUAAUGCCUAUUUAUCCGGUGGGACCCAUCGUACAAACCGGUUCAAUCGGUCAAAUCAACAAGGACUCAGAGUGUUUGACCUGGUUGGACAAUCAACCACGUGGCUCAGUUCUAUACGUUUCUUUCGGGAGUGGUGGGACGCUCUCGUACGAUCAAGUGACAGAGUUGGCAUUUGGGCUGGAGAUGAGUGGGCAAAGGUUCAUUUGGGUCGUUAAGAGGCCCAACAACAAAUUCCCUAAUGCCGCGUAUCUCAGUCACCGGCCACAAGGUCCAUUUAAGCCUUUGGAUUUCUUGCCUCACGGGUUUGUGGAAAGGACGAAGGGCCGAGGCCUCGUCGUGGACUUUUGGGCCCCACAGGCUCGGGUGUUAGGCCAUAGCUCGACCGGCGGGUUUUUAAGCCACUGUGGUUGGAGCUCAACACUAGAGAGUUUUCUUUAUGGCGUACCGCUCAUUGCUUGGCCACUCUUCGCGGAGCAAAAAUUGAAUGCAGUGUUGCUUGUUGAAAGGCUUAAAGUGGCAUUGAGACCAAAAGCUGAUGAAGAUGGCCUUAUUCGACGAAAGGAAAUUGCCUGUGUUGUUAAGGCUCUGAUGGAGGGUACUGGUGAAGAGGGUAGAAUUGUAAGAGAGCGUACGAAGGCGCUCAAGGAUUCGACUUCCAAGGCACUAGACAAAGAUGGAUCGUCCGCAAGGGCACUAUCCGAGUUAGCAUCCACGUUGAAAACUACGGCAAGCAAUUAAAGGGUUGUUCUUUUAGAGUGUAACUUGAGUGUAAUAUUUGAGUUG